GAUUUCAUGACGUUCGCGACCACGUGACGCGCCGGUCAGCUGACUGCCGUCUUCCGGGUCGUCAGUCGGUGUUUACUCGGAAAUAAUCUGCUCGUUUUUCUGCUUUUUGAAGGAUUUCUACGACAGAAUCGAGGUAAAGUGUGAACUUUAUAACAUCGAUAAAGACAAACUUAGAGCUUCUUUACAGUCAGAUAUUUACUGAGAUUAACGGACUGACUCCAACUCUACAAACUGAAAACACAUUUAGACUCUCAGAUUUUAACUCAGAGAGAGCGGAAUAAUGAACAAAUGUCAGGUUUCUACAGUCAGUCCGAGUUAAAGGAACAUUCUGGGCUUUUAAAGAGGUUUUCAGAGGGGUCUACAGGGGCGGAGUUACUGUUUUCAGGGGCCACCUUUAACUCUGGGCCCCCCACCUCUCUCUAAAAUGUCUCUAUAAUCAUAAAGGCUCUCUGUGAAAGGUGAAGUAACUUCAGACAUGUUGUGACCUUUAAUUUCGACAUAAACAUUUAUGAGUCCAAAUAAUCAGAUGCUGUGUUGAUGUUGAUGUUGGUUUGGUCUGAUCUAAAGUGUUGACAGACUGUUUUUAUGAAAAUAGAGAAAAACAACAAGUUCCCUAAAGUAGGUCCAGGUUCAUGUUUCUCAUCUUUUCUCAUCGGCUCCUUUUUUUUCUAAAACUGUGAACCUCAGUGAAACCAGGGGCCUCAUUUAUCAACUGUUUGUAGAAAAGGUUCUAGAUUCUGUCGUAGGAAUAAAAUGUCGAAUAAGAACAAAAAACUCUUGGUCACUGGGAUGAUGGCGUCGGGGCGUUUUGUCUCUCGCUCCGACACGGUUGUAAAUCUCGGAUCAUAAAUCCAUUCAGAUGUUUUUGGGGAUGCGGUACCUGCUGAGAAUCCACUCUGAGUUCUCACUGAACUGAUCAGCACGCUCUUUGGAAACGCCGCGCUCCCUGAGGAGGAGGAGAUCAGGACCAUCCAGUCCUGGUUCUGGUUCUUGUAGUACAGAGAUUUCUCCAGAUCCUCUGAAUCUUUGAAUGAUCUGAUGUUCUGUAGACGAUGAAAUCCACUCAGGAACUUUACUCUGAAACUGUUGAACUGUUGAACUCACGCAGUCUCUCACAGAGCCGUGAACCUCUUCGUAUAUUUCCUUCUGAGAGACUCCGCCUCUCUGAUCGUCCUUUUCAGACGCAGUCAUGUGACUAACCUGUUCACCUCUUUAGUUAAAGAUGAUCCUCCAGAUGUUUUUACAUCAGCGUUACACGACUGAACACCUGUCCGGUUGUUCCUCUGACUACAGAUGUUUUUUUAUAAACGGACUAAAAUAAAACGCCGUUUCUUCUUUUCUCUGUUUUCAUGUUUAGAAACUUUCGAUCUGUUUUUAUCGACUUUGUUGUUUAUUUGCAGACGCCGCUGUCAGGAUCAUGAACGCCUCUGACACUGACGAUGACUCGUAUAACGAGCGGUCAGCGUUGGUCCCGGCUGAGAAUCCGACGGUGCCGUCUUACAGCCCAGAACCUGACCACACACCCCCCAACAGCUCGCCAGCCAAGAGGGUAAAGGUCAAGUUUUUAUUUUUACAUGACAGCGUCUUUUGGUCGUUUUCGUUGAGGUGUCAUGGCAGAAAUUCUUUGCGAUUGUCGUGGCUGAAUGUCGCCCUCUGCUGGUUCAGCCGCAGGUCACCAGGAGGGCGGGUCCACCUGCGGCGGAUGGCGGCAGCGGCAGCUCCGAUCAGGAUGUCGACCUCGAGGAUGAAGAGCUGACUCUGAAGUACGGAGCCAAACACGUCAUCAUGCUGUUCAUCCCCGUCACGCUCUGCAUGAUCGUGGUCGUCGCCACCAUCAAGUCCGUCAGCUUCUACAGCGAGAAGACCGACCAGCGACUGUACGUCCCCGCACUCCUCGCCGCACAUGUAACCCGCGUUAGAACACUUAACCAUGAUGUCUGUCCCCACAGGAUCUACACGCCGUUUUCAGAGAACACCUCGUCUGUCGGACGCCGGCUCCUGAACUCCGUCCUGAACACCAUCAUCAUGAUCAGCGUCAUCGUGGUCAUGACCAUCCUGCUGGUUGUUCUCUACAAGUACCGCUGCUACAGGGUCAGAAACACCUCCAGUUUUUUUAUACAAAACAAUCAGAACGCCAGAUCAAUAAAAACGCCGACGUCCUGAUGUUCACCUCUGAUACCGACCGUGAGCUCGGAGAGAAAUGAUCAAAUACAGACAAAAUGAUCCUCUGACCUGAAAAUGAAAAAUGACCUAAAGUGACAAAAACUGGAGUUUCCUCUGGUUGCUGAGAAAGAACGGAGCUUUUCAUGUGUCCGAUGCUGCGUCCGAACUGCCCGCUCGGAUACUACAUGCUACUGCUACGUGCUACUGCUAGAUCCUACUCCUACAUACUAAAAACGUUGGCCCAAUUCGGACACACUAGACGAGCGGUGGGGAAAGACGACCCCCGCAGGCAGAGAGUAGGUACUGCGCCCGUGCAGACAGUGGUAACUGAAGCCCCUCAUCUGCGGGCCUGGCUGUAGUACUGCAGCUGUGCAGUUUAAUGAUGGAAUAAGUGAGCUUUACCUCCAUGAUGUCGCCACAUAUUUGCUCAUAAAAUGAUUACUUGUGCAAAUAUGACACCAUGACAUGACAAAGAGAUACAACCGCACAUUUUUUAGGACAGUGUGUGAAGUUACAUGAAACUUACAUCUGUACUGCUGCGGUCCCGCCUGCUGCUGCUGCUGCUGCUCCGACAUGGUGCGCGCUGUUGUCGCCAGCCGGCGUUCGCGACACAUUUAAAUAGGCAGAGCAGCUGGUGGCGCUAGCAUCACAUGCGCUUCUACAACUUUUAAGAGGACGAAGAAGAAGCCCGCGGUGCAUUUUGGGUCAGUAGCAUGCCCGUAGGAUGCACCGAGACCAACCUACAAUGUGGGCGUGUCUAGCAUCUGAAGUAGUAUCUGAAGUAGCAUGCUACUCGCUCCGGUGGUCAAUUCGGACAUGCUAGAUACUACUUCGACUACUACUUGGCAAUUCGGACGCAGCUCGAGUGUUUCUGCCUGCAGUUGACCUCCCUGCAGGCAGAGGGCGCAGUCUUCCGAUCAGGUGUGAUUGAUGUGAUGUCUCUGUGUUUGUUUAGUUCAUUCAGGGCUGGCUCAUCCUGUCCUCCCUCAUGCUGCUCUUCUGGUUCAGCUUCAUGUACCUGGGGUGAGUCCUGCUUUAUUUACACCCGCUCACUAAAGAGGCGUCUCAGCUGCUUCACUGUCCUCGUCUCCUGUCCUUCAGAGAGGUCUUUAAGACGUAUAACCUGGCCGUGGACUACCCGACAGUCGGGGUGAUCAUCUGGAACUUUGGGGCCGUCGGGAUGAUCUGUAUCCACUGGAAGGGCCCCCUCCAGCUGCAGCAGGCCUACCUCAUCCUCAUCAGCGCCCUCAUGGCCCUCGUCUUCAUCAAAUACCUGCCUGAGUGGUCAGCCUGGGUCAUUCUGGGCGCCAUCUCUGUCUACGGUGAGUCGGGGACACUUUGCUGGAGGCAGUGAGAGAGGGUGGAGUCUGUCAGAUGUGGAGUUUGUGUUGUUUGUUCAUCGGUUCUGUUUUUAUCGUUUCAGACCUGGUGGCGGUUCUGUCCCCUAAAGGUCCUCUGAGGAUGUUGGUGGAGACGGCUCAGGAGCGGAACGAGCCCAUUUUCCCCGCCCUCAUCUACUCCUGUGAGUCCAUCCAGUUUGACAUUUCAGAGUUUUUGGGUUUUGUGUCGAAGAAAAAAGAAACAUUUUGGGUUUUUGUUGUAACGAGAAAUGGAGAGAGACGAAGAUGGUCAAAGAGGUCGAAGCCACACGAGAGACACGGUAACCCACUGACACCAAGGCUGACCCCCGACCUCCACCUUCAUCCUGAUCGUCUCCUAAAAGGUCGUAUCCUCCGAUCGUAGCUGAUCGUAACCAUUCAAGUUAACGUGUCAAUUUACACCGACUUCUUUCCGUUCCUCUGCCGAUCGCCGGACUCCUCAGCUGAUCACAAGAGUUCUAUUUUUUCUGGACGCCGGAGCAUGGCGGAUAAAUUCAGCACAGAUUAACCCGUGCUGGAAAGGAAGUCGGGCACAGACACAAAAUAAAACAUCCGGCUUCUUUUCAAAAUAAAACACUCGGGCGGAGACGAACAAGUGAAAGGUUUUUAGACGUCAUUUCACCCCGAUGACACCAUGGAUGAGGAGAUGCUGAUUCUAGAAGUCUAGAAGUAGAUUUCCUCCUCUGGAAGGACACAAUCUACUGCUUAUAUGUCUAUGUGUCUGUCUUUAGAGAGAAACUCGUUAUCGUGAGAUUGAACGUGAAUCUGCGGGUUCUUGUGAGUUCUCGACAUUACCGCUGUCCGUAAUCCGCCACAAAAUUCACCUCACAAACGGACCCGGUAGGAAUUGGCGGACGGUGAAAAUCACCGCCGUUCCAUGGAAGUCAUUGUUCAGACCCCAACAACCCCCCAUUCACGCCAGCAGCUGUCUUCAGAAGCCCACACGGGGACUCAGACCGCUACAGAGCGAACAGUGAUCUGAGGUUGAUGUUGAAAUUUGUGAACGAGAUUUUGUCCACAAGGGGGGGCUAAAGUCAGCACCAAAAGAAAGUUUACGAACAGUCUGCCGAGGUUUUUGUUUUCAUGUUGAUCUUUCUUUGUGUUUCUUCAGCCGCCAUGAUGUGGACGGUGGGGAUGGCGAGCCCAGCAGACGCUCAGCAGCCGGGACACGAAACAGGUCUGAGGUCACAAACAAAGAAUCAUGGGAAAUAGAGGAUGGGCACUGGUUCUCCUCAUCUUCAUAACGCUGUCGCCCUGCUGCCAUUUUCUUUCCAGAUGAGGAGGCGGAGCAGAGCAACAGGUGGGCGGAGCCUGAGAGGAGGCAGUCCAGGUCGCUUCCAGAGGAGGAGCUGGAGGAGGACCGUGAGUUCAGAGUUCAGAUCAGCUGGAAACACCUGAGACAGCACAGGUGUGUCCUUACCUCUCUCUCUCUCUCUCUCUCUCUCUCUCUCUCUCUCUCUCUCUCUCUCUCUCUCUCUCUCUCUCUCUCUCUCUCUCUCUCUCUCUCUCUCUCUCUCUCUCUCUCUCUCUCUCUCUCUCUCUCUCUCUCUCUCUCUCUCUCUCUCUCUCUCUCCCCCUGUAGGAGGGGUGAAGCUGGGUCUGGGGGAUUUCAUCUUCUACAGCGUCCUGGUCGGAAAAGCGGCGGCGACGGGAGGAGACUGGAACACCACGCUCGCCUGCUUCGUCGCCAUCCUCAUCGUGAGUUUUAUUUUGAAAGGGCGCACCGCCAGACUUCCUCCGUUACACCUGUAUCUCACCUGUCCUUCUCACCUCUCAGGGCCUGUGUCUGACCCUGCUGCUGUUAGCCAUCUUUAAGCGAGCGUUGCCGGCGUUGCCGAUCUCCAUCGCCUUCGGCCUCGUCUUCUACUUCUCCACGGACUUCCUGGUUCAGCCGUUCAUGGACAACCUGGCUGCUCACCAGUUCUACAUCUGACACAAGCCCCGCCCCCUCGCCUUUUACCUCCACAUUUACCUGCAGGACUGACAAAGACUCGUCUCCGCUCAUGAGCAGGUGAUCUCACCUGUCCGUACGAGUCUGAUCAUUAGAAAACAGGAAGUGAUGUAACGCAGACAGCAGAAGCUCAGGUGUGUUUUUGAUCAGCUGCUGAAGAAGAAGAAGAAGAAGGAGGACAGGUGUGUUAGGAAAAAUCCACCUUAAAUCCUGAAUCUGCAGAGUCUGUGUGACCAGAAUAAACCACGGCUGCGUUUGAUUGGCUGAUGCUCCUGUCAGUCAAAACAAACACGCCCCUAAAAACAGGUGCUUUGUUCCUUUAAUUAAGUCGAAUAUCCUCCAUUUUCAAUCACAGCUGUGAAAACUGAGAGUCACAGCAGAGCGCCUCCUGCUGGCUGUGAACAGGAGACUUUAUUAUGUCAAAUAUUGAUGCUCUGCAGUGAUUUAAGGUGGAUUUUUCCAUGAACUCGUUCAGUUCCUGAUCUUAUUUCUUAACAAAGCUCCAUAAAGGCGUCGUUAACUUAUUUAGAUUAGAGUAAAAAUUAGUUUUUGUUUGAGUUAAACUUUUUAUCAAACUUUAGAGAAAACCAGGUGACCUUUAUUAACCCCAACAGAGACUCUGAAGAGCUGGUAUGAAGAUAGAAAUAAACCUGCAGUUAUUUUGUGUCUCUACUCCAGUUUAGUUCAAUUCUCUCCUUUUGUAAAUAUGAGAAUAAAUUUAAUAAUCUUUUCACUUUGA